AUGACGUCAUUCCCUGUGUUGAACGCGCUCUUUGCACCGGCUGUUUACAUCCCCAUGCUUAUAUGUCAACCCUUUCUGGCCGGUUAUCUUAUCAGGAAUCUUCCUGAAACCAAACAGCGUCCAGUUUACGAAAUAGUGCACACCUUCAAGGAGGAAGUUCGUUCGCGGGCAAAUACGCGUGUGUCAAUGUCAAUCUCGGAACGCACACCACUUCUGAAAGCACGAGCUGGUUCCACUCCUCCACUCAUCAAUAUUUGA